AUAGUUAGCUGUCUCUUCCAUCAUUACCGAAACAGAAAAUUAGGAUCAUCAUCUUUUUCAAUAAUUUUGUUUACCCAGUAUUCUCUAUUUUGUUGGGUUUUCUUUCUUUUUUUCUUAUUUGUGAUAUUUGUGCUUUAAUUUAGUUGUUUAAAGCUUCAAAAAUAUUUUGUUAAAAACAAAAAUGGUGGCCGUGAUACCUCCUCAAGAAAACAUGGUUGCUUUGGUUUCUCGCACAGGAAGGCAUUUGCAGAGGUACUGCAAAGGUCGUCGACAAGUUGUAGGAUGUAUACCUUAUAAAUACAAUGCUGGAGAAGUAGAAGUUCUUGUCAUUAGCUCACAGAAAGGCAAAGGCAUGCUCUUUCCCAAGGGAGGUUGGGAAAAAGAUGAAUCCAAGGAAGAGGCAGCUAUAAGGGAGACAAUUGAAGAAGCAGGGGUUAAAGGAGUUGUUGAGCGUCAAUUGGGUAAAUGGAGUUUCAAGAGCAAAACGCAUGAUACAUUAUACGAUGGCCACAUGUUUCCUUUGCUUGUUCAAGAACAAUUCGAAUUGUGGCCGGAGAAAAAUUUCCGUAAAAGGGAAUGGAUGAGUGUUGGAGAAGCAAGAGAAGUUUGUCAGCAUGGGUGGAUGAAAGACGCUUUGGAUAGGUUAGUUAAACGUCUUGCAUCUCGACCACAACAUGUUGAAGAAGUAGGCCAUGUUUGUUAAGCUAAAAGGGAAAUAAAGAUGACUUGUAAAUAUAUGGAAAAUUGAGGAACAACAAUUUCCUCUUUUGAGAAACCCAAAAAAAAAAAGGCCCACAUAGAUUAGGAUCCGAACAAAAAAGAAGAGAAGGGAUAAGAAAGAAAUUGGAAUUUCUGAUUCUUGUUUUGGUUUUUGCUAAUGGAAUUCCAAUGCCGGAACUUGUUAGAAACUUUGCAGAUAAGAGUUUGAAAAUGUUUUAAAAACCAAAAAAAAAAAAAAAAAGAUGGAGAACAACAUUUUGUUGGAGAAUAAUAGCAGUUGGAUCCUUAUGGAUUUGAGAAUCAAAGAGGGAGUCCCCGGAAGUGUCAAAAUCAAAGCCGUUGGAAAUUUUGUGGAAAAUGCUGACUUUGAUUGCAUGAUUAGUGAGAGAAAUAAGGACUUCCAAACAAAGCAAUUGAUUUUGACAGGAAUGGCUGUGAUUGUUUCCAACUCUUUUUCUUAUUUUUCGACAUGACUUGUCUUAAUCGGCUAGUUAUUGUAGCUCCAAUUCUAUCUAUAUAAAUAUAUAUAUAUAUAUAUA